GUAAAAUUUAUGGACAAAAAUGUGAUCACAAUUAUUUUACUAAAGUCACUAUAAUGUAAAUCUAGUCAUCAUUAUAAUCACUAAAAUUACUAUUGUAAUAAUUUCUAGGUAUAAAAAAUAAAUGAAAUGGUCCUUAAUAGGACCAAAAGUUUGUGUAUGUACUUAAAUAGAACCUUAAACUUUUGAACUCCUAAAUAGGAUUGAAUUUUUUGAUAUUUCCAAAAUUAUCCGUGUUUCUUAAUCUGAUAGUUCCACCCGUUUCCCGUUAUUUUCUUUCCCACCUUCAUCGACCUUUACCUUCAGCGAGCUUCACCUUCACCCGACCAUUACCUUCACCUUCAGCUAAUCUCUGAAUCUUCUUCUACCUUCACCUGCGACUUUCACAUGACAUCUAUCAACUUCUACUAUACAAUCGCUCACCUUCUUCUACUAUCACUUGCGACCAUCAUCGUUUCAGCAGUUCGAUGACUUUCAGCUUCUAUCGUCGUUUCAGCAGUUCGAGUUGCAAUCGAAUUUUUUAAUUUUUUUUAAUGUCAGGUAAUUCUUUUUAAUUUUUUAUUGUAUUAUCAUUGUGUAAUCGAAUUCUCACAUUGUUGUUAUGUUUUUUAUUAUUAAUCGUUUAAAAUCUGUUUGGAUCCCCCCUGUUUGUGUAUUUGUUCUUAACAUGUAUGUUUCUACCUGCUUUUUAUGUCUCUGAUUUCAUACACUUUAUCUUUAUGCAUUUAUUGUCUUGUGACAUUUUGUGUAAUUGAUGUCAUUGUUAUGAAAUUGACAUCAUUUGUUAUAAUUUCAGGUGUCACAGACAUGGAUAAAAAUGUUCUUGUUAUGGUUAAAGUUGAUGGCUUCUCGAAUUCUGAAAACGUGUUUUGUAGUAAACACACUGUUGGUGUCCCUAUUUUGUAUGGAUCCUCAUAUAGUACUUUUUGUGAUAUAUUGAUCCAUUACAUCUUCAAGGGAGGACUUCAGAAGGAUUUUAGGAUAUGUUAUAUUGUUGAAUCUUGUCCUCCUCCCGUUGUUUUAAUGAUGAUACAAGCCUUACUUUUUUCUUGCAUAUGAAAACCAUACAUCCAGAUUUUUCAAAGUUUCCAAUUUGUCUUGAGUUCAUUGGAACUGAAGUUUCUUCAAAAAUAACAUACUUCUCAUAAUUCUACCCAUGUCAUACCUUUAGAGAAUAUAUCUUUUGGGUCCAACAGUCUUCCUUCUUCUUAUGUUGAUUCUAUUUUGUCAAAUUCAUGUAAUAUGGAUGCCAACUCUUUCGGAAAAAGUUUUAUAAGGAUAUUCAAGUUUAUACACAAUGUCAUCCUACUACUAUAUCAUUGCACUCUAUCUACAUGCAUAAACGUGAUCUUAUCUAUCAUUUGAAGAUGUUGCAAUUGAAAAUAACUUUCAGUUUGUGACUAAAACUUCAAGAAAAAAAGGCUUGAAUGUCAUUUGUGUUGAUGAAAAAUGUUUUUGGGCCGUGCGUGGUGUUCGCCUUCCUAAUGUGCAAUUCUUUCAAAUACACAGAUUUGAUUCAUAUCAUUCUUGUUUAGUGGACUUUAGAGAAGGUGAUCACAGGCAGGCAACAUAUGACAUUGUUGCAGGCAUUGAAACUCAUCGGUAUUCAAAUGCUUCAAAGAAACCUUAUUUGCCCAAUGAUUUAAUUGAAGACAUGCGUAGAAAAUACGGUAUAUCUAUGUCGUACCAUAAAGCAUUGGCAGUGAAACGACAUUCAAUGAAACUUCUGUUUGGGUUUGAUGAAGAGUCAUAUCAGUUACUACCAUCCAUGUGCCAUGUUCUUGGAAUUGCUAAUCCAGAACCUUUGAUAAACCUUGUUCGUCAUGGUGAUUCCGUUUUCAAGUAUUUGUUCCUAUCAUUGUCUGCAUGGUGCCAAGCUAGGGAUCAUUGUAUUUCAGUGCUUAUAGUUGAUGAGACCUUUAUGAAGUCCUAUUUUAAGGGGGCUUUGCCGAUUGUCUGUACUAGAGAUGCCAAUCGUCGGCUUGUUUCAAUUGCUUUGGGAUAUGUG